AUGGAUGUCGAGGUGGAGACGGUCGCUGCUGGAGCGGGGCUGGAGCAGACUGCUUCGGCCCCUUCGGUGCUGGCGCGCGCGGGCGGGGGCUCGCAGGACCUGGGCCGCGCGGCCCCGUCCUCGCCCCUGGCUGACGACAGCUGGGCCGACGAGCUCCCAGUGCGGCGAACGGGGGUGGCCGCGGGCAGCGGCGGCGCGGAGGCGGGAGGCGUGCGAGCGGGCCUGGAGCUCGUGCCGCCGCCUACUGCCGCUGCGGCGGCCGCGGACGACGACGAGGGCAUGGACGCGCUGGAGCGCCCGAGGGCCGCCGAGGCCUCUGCUCACCCAGCGCGGCAGCUGCCGCCCAUGCCCCCCUUUGCGAGGGGCAUGCGGGUGCGGAUCCGCACGGGCCCCAGGGCGGGGAUCGAGGGGAAGAUCGUCCAGCUGGAGGCGCUCAGCGGGCGCGUCUUUCCCUUGGUCCUUCUUGACGGCACGAACACGUACUGGACGCACGAGCCUGACGACCUGGAGCCCCUGGACCCGCUCGGCUGA